CUCUCUGGCCUUCGCCGCACAGGAGCACCUGCACGCCUGCGCUGAUCUCUCCCAUCCCCCCUCCCCGCCCAGAUUUAUCUCCAUCCAUCUGUCCCCGAGCUCCCACAUCCAUUACCGGGCAGCACGGCUACAGCAUUUGCAUGUGGAUCGAAGCGGAGGUACAGAGGGAAGCGAGGCAGAGGGAGGCGGAGGAAAACCUCUGAGGGAGAGAAAGGGAGGAAAAUAGAUCAGAGCGAGGGAGAGGGUGGCAGCAGAUAUCGAUGGCUGCAACAAUGGAGCUGUAGGAUCCAGAGAGGUGGUAGUCCGCUUGAAAGCGGCUGGGGAGAGGGGGUGAAGAUACUAUAUUUGAGUUGGGGGUGGGGGGGAGAGGAAGGAGGGAGGAAGAGGAUGGGCCUGGAGGACAGCCUUGCAAUGCCACUGCAAACAUUGGAUUAAAGCAGUAUGCUGGACAAGAGUGAGGUGGCAACCUUAGGUCUACCCCCCACCUCCAGCCAUGGCGGCUCUGACAGCAACAUCAGCACGGACGGAUCGGCGGCGGCGGCCGGGGCGGCAGGGGGCGCAGAGGCCGCGAGCGCCGGCGAGCCCCAGCGGACGCGCGUCGCUCUGGAGCAUCUCCAGCAGAAGAUCCUGAAGGUCACAGAGCAGAUCCGCGUGGAGCAGGAGGCGCGCGACGACAACGUGGCCGAAUACCUGAAGCUGGCCCACAACGCAGACAAACAGCAGGCGUCCAGGAUCAAGCAGGUGUUCGAGAAGAAGAAUCAGAAGUCGGCACAGACCAUCGCGCAUCUGCACAAGAAGCUAGAGCACUAUCACAAGAAGCUAAAGGAGAUCGAGCAGAACGGACCGGCCCGGCAACCCAAGGAUGUCCUGCGGGACAUGCAGCAGGGGUUAAAGGACGUGAGGGCCAACGUUCGCGCGGGGAUAAGCGGGUUUGGAGGCGGAGUAGUCGAGGGGGUCAAAGGUGGCGUCUCGGCCCUCACUCACACGGCCGUGGUCUCAAAGCCGAGAGAGUUCGCAAGCCUGAUCAGAAACAAGUUUGGCAGUGCGGAUAAUAUUGCUCACCUGAAGGACACGCUGGAGGACGGAGUGGGGGGACACUCUGAGGACGCCCCGACGCCCCGAGCUCUCAGCGGCAGCGCCACCUUGGUGUCCAGCCCCAAGUACGGCAGCGACGACGAGUGCUCCAGUGCGACCUCGGGCUCCGGAGCGGGCAGUAACUCCGGUGGGGCCGGAGCGGGAGGAGUGGUCGGAGGGGGGAUGCUGGCCCCGGCGAUGGGGAGCCCCCGACUGGACGGUCACCACCACCACCACCAUCACAUGCACAGCUCAUGGGACUCCCUUCUGGAGGGGCUGCAGGAGAUCAAGGCCAGCCAGACGCACAUGGAGGACGCCAUCGAGGACAUGAAGGGCCAGCUGCAGAGCGACUACUCCUACAUGACGCAGUGUCUGCAGGAAGAGAGAUACAGGUAUGAGAGACUUGAGGAGCAGCUGAAUGAUCUAACAGAGCUGCACCAGAAUGAGAUGACCAACCUCAAACAGGAACUCGCCAGCAUGGAGGAAAAGGUCGCCUACCAGUCCUACGAGAGAGCCAGAGACAUUCAGGAAGCCGUGGAGGCGUGCUUGACCCGCAUCACCAAGCUGGAGCUGCAGCAGCAGCAGCAGCAGGUGGUUCAGCUGGAGGGAGUGGAGAACGCCAACGCCCGGGCUCUCCUGGGGAAGCUCAUCAACGUCAUCCUGGCUCUCAUGGCCGUGCUCCUGGUCUUCGUCUCCACUUUGGCCAACUUCAUCACCCCUCUGAUGAAGACCCGAGCGCGCGUGGCCGCCACCGUCCUGCUGGCCUUGCUGCUGUUCAUCCUGUGGAAGCAGUGGGAUUUUGUGGAGUUGUGGUUGUUGCCCAGCUAAACCUGGAUUUAAAGGAAGGACGAGAGAAAGGAGACACGAAGGAGCUUGAGAGAAACUUAAUGGACUUGGUACAUUUGAGGUAGAACUUUACCGCUCUCCAGUUAAAUAAAGACGUCACCUCACUCCAUCCAAAUCUUCAGGUGUGGAUGACAGACGAUUAAUCCCAUUGCUAUCACCAAAAAGAAAGAAAGAAAAAAAAAGUUUCCUGCAAGAAAUCAGAUUUUCUAUUUAAGAGACACAAAGGAUCAACUUGCGCUGACUGUAAAUCUUCAUGUUGAAGCUGCAGCAUAUGUUUGAAACCAAGAUGUUUUUUUUUCCAUGAAUGUUACGUGCUCUCAUGCAUGUUCUUACAUGUGCACUCAGAUGCAUCCAGCAGGCAUGAGUUAGCAUCUCAUCAAUGACGAAUAAAUGUGUUUUCUGCCAUUUCUGUUGUCGGAAACAAAAGUGCAGAUACGUCGUUUCUCCACUCAAUCACUCUCGUGUUUUUCUUUCACAUCCUGUGCUGGUGUUACUGCAGUGCUAUUAGGCUUGUUUUCGGUGGUGGGAGGGUUGCAGCUGAACCUGCUAAAGCUUACAACACCGAAUGAAAUAAUUGAUUCUGUACACAAAUACUAACAGUGUAGACCUACAGCUACCCACAGUGUCAAAUUACCUGGCAUGUCAACGUUUAUAUCCAGUUUGCAAAAACAAAUGUUGCUGUUUUAUUAAACUGUGUAAGAAAUAAAUGAUUUCAUAUAUGA